UAAUUGCAAUUUUUUAGUUUUUAUCAUUGUUCUAUGCGAUGAGUGAAUUGUAGUUGAGAAAUUAAAUAAUUGAAUGUAUUCUGACUAGCAGCUGGGGUCAGAGGAGAUCUAAUAAUAAUCACUAAUCAGUAGUCAGAGCCUCAGCGGUCAGUCGUUGUUGGGAUUGGGAAUUACGAUACGCAGCUGUCGAUCACAUAUAUCAGCCGUUAAAAUUAAAGUACUUCGCACAAUAGAAAAUUCGUCGCCGUACAUAAUUUGUGUUGUGGUUCUCGAACGACUCGUUUAUAAUUUCAGUGACCAACAACCGUCCAAAAUGAAAACAGACAAAAUCAAAAUUGAAUCUUCUACUGAUGAAUUAAAAAUCCCUUAUGUUCGUUUGGAGCGUUGCAGUUUAGAAGAAAUUAAUGGCUACAAACUGAAACCAGAAAGAAAUGCUUACUACUUGAUUGAAUCUAGAUCGGAAGAACCAAACGAAGAAGAAAGUGAUAAUAAUAUGGUGUCACUGAACUUUUUGACUUUAUUAGGUGAUUGUGGAAGAUUGUUCCGUUCCUAUGUCUUGCUUGAACGAUUAUCUCCAAAUGAUAUACAACAUUUAUCGAAUAAAAAGGAUUAACUAUACAUAUUCUUUCAAUGGGACUUGAAAAUGAUGAUAAAUUUUUGUAUGGUAUGGAUUUCAGUUAUGAAUAAAAUUUAAUUGAAGAACAAAUAUACUCGCAUGUUAAACAAUACUUUCAUCGGUGAACCAGUUAAUUUAGAGGAAUAAUAGGAUUUUUUUUGAUAAAAUUAAUUUUUUACGACAUUUAAAUAUUUCUCUGUAAUGUAAUUUUUUUCUCAUUCUAUUUUUUGAUUUUUAUAUGUUACUAAAUUUUUACAUUGAGAAUUUAUUCCUUCAUUCUUAUUUUUUGUGAAUGUAGUAUGACUGCCAGAUUUUAUUCCGGUUUAAAUUAUUAAUUAUCAUAUAUGUGUAAUGUGUAUGUGUAUUCUAACAUCGAAGGACAAUAAUUUGAAGCCUUAAGGUCGAUGGUAUUCUAAUUUAUGCUGAACCAAUAAAAAUAAUGUUAAACUAGUUUAAAAUCUUAAAUUUGUUUAAUGUAUUUGAUUAAUUAUUUGAAUAUUGGUAUUUGAUUUUUAUUUACAAAGAUGUAUCUUAUAAGUAUAUUUGAACAUUUGAAAAUGAGAUUUUAUUUGGUAAUAUAUCUCUAAUAAUAAACAGCUAAUAUAAAUUUUUUCUUGUAUCCAACAAACUAUUAUUUUAAAUCAUUAAUCAAUUAAUAAGAUUGAUUAAUGAUUCUAAUAAUAAUUCUAUUACCUUGAAUGAGAGUACAGAAUUAGAAUUACUAUUCUAAUAUUUUAAAUCAAAUGACCAAGAGUUGAUAUUCGAUGUUAACCAAUUAUUAUGAUCUUAUAAAAUAUACAAAUAAUCAGCUGUAAUGCAAAGAUAAUGUUUUUGAUAGAAAUCUAAAUUAUUUUUAGAAUUCAAAUUUAUUAAAAAUAUGUUAUUUAUGUUUUCAAAUAAAGACAAACAUUCAAUUGUAUAAUUCAAAAUAAAGAUUCUUGACGAUAUUUGAUCUUCCAUUAAUAAAGAGAGUUAAACUGUCAACUAACUAAAAUAAUGAUCUUUGUGGAAUUGAGUAGUAAAAUUUAUUUUUAUUGUUUAAUCAUUUUACCUACAUAGUUAUUAGCUUAUAUUAAAUUAUACAUUUAAAUUCUAAUAAAACUUCUAUCUUUAGAUGAAUUUAUGUUAGUUGAUGAUUAAGUUAUGCAAGGUAAACUUUUGCUGUAGAAAAAUUGUUACAUCAUAAUUUCACUGUUUAUCAUAACUUUAAUUUUACUAUAGAUUUAUACUAUAUUGAAAUUAUAUUUGUAGAUCUGGGGCAGCAAUCUAAAACUUACUAAUUUGGAAAUUUUGAUUGAUUACUGAUGAGGGUAACCCCUUAUUAAUAAAUUAUCACUGUAU